UUACGUUAAACAAAAGGAAUACUGAUCAGGUCAAGUUUUUGCUAGUGGAUUGUUUUUGCUUUUUCCUCACAAAAAAUCCGCAUGAACGGACUUAACGUUAACUGACAAUUCAUAAUGCUUCGAUUUUCCUGUAAUAACAAGAAAAAUGAUGGAAGAUGAAGAUAAGUUCGACAUCCGCCAGAUAGCGCUGAGAAGACAACAGCGACGUCUGCAUAGUCGCGCAUCUGUCGAGGAACUUCUACAAACCGAAGCAGCUUCGUUUGGAAAGAGAAGAUCAAGUUCUUUCGACACCAAAAGUUUCGGAGUAGAUUCGAAGAACGGAACGCAAAAAUCGUUUGUUAGUGCCAUGACUGUCACGCUGUUCGAGGACGACACGAGACUUGGAAGAAUGCACGUGCCACCAGUUAUCAAAUGUGAGUGCAAUGGAGUGGAGGGACACGCCUUGAUCAACACGGGAGCAAUGGUAUCAUUAAUAUCAAUGAACAUGGUGAAAAAGCUUAGAUCGAACAAUGACGGGCAACAAGUAUUGUUAAACUCCAGAACUGAGAAACCUGCUGCCAGUUUCCAAGUGUAA